AUGUCGAACCUCAUCAACAAGCUCACGGGCAAGGGCUCGGGCAGCGGCAACAGCCAGCCCAGCAACGAGCCCACCUACAGCAUCCAGCCCCACCCGGCUCAAACCAACGACCCGAGGGACCUCGAGCCCCCGCAGCUGGGCGGUGGACUGAACAGCAAGCCGGAGUACCAGGCGUUCCAUGCGCGCGACCCCCACGUCCCGAGCAAGGAGAUCAGGGACAACAUGCCUCAGCCCGCGAGUCGCGAGGAGCUGAAGGCCAGAUCAGCGCAACUGAACAACCGGAGCAACUAG